AUGGACUUCAUGGGACUCUUUCCCGCAUCUGAAGGUAAUCUCUACAUACUGGUGGCAGUGGACUAUGUGUCCAAAUGGAUCGAGGCAAAGGCAACUAGGACGUGUGAGUCCAGAGAAGUGGUGAAGUUCUUGAAAUCUAACAUAUUUACCCGAUAUGGAGUACCACGGGCCAUUAUCUCUGACCAAGGGACUCAUUUCGUCAACAGAACUAUCGAAGCUUUGAUGCGAAAAUAUGAAGUCCACCAUCGCUUAUCCACACCUUACCACCUACAAUCCAAUGGCCAAGCUGAAAUCUCUAAUAGAGAAAUCAAGGCGAUUCUAGAAAAGACAGUCAAUCCCACGAGGAAAGACUGGAGCCGACGACUGGAGGACGCACUUUGGGCCUACAGGACAGCGUUCAAAACGCAUAUUGGAAUGUCCCCAUACCGGCUGGUAUUUGGGAAGAUGUGCCAUCUGCCAGUGGGAGUUGAGCACCAAGCUUACUGGGCAAUCAAGGAAAUGAAUAUGAAUACCGAGUCUGGAGCCGCAGAAAGGAGAAUGCAGUUACAGGAGCUGGAAGAACUUCGUCUGGACGCCUAUGACUCUGCCAUGUGGUACAAUGAAAGGACGAAAAUGUGGCAUGAUAAGAACCUUCGCAAGAAGGAACUCAAGGUGGGCUAG